GGUUUAGCUUUUGAACCAAGUAUUCGUAUUUUCAGUACGGGAAAGUACUCUCUUUUGACUUUUGUCCCGAAAUUCUUGUUUGAGCAGUUCAGAAAGUAUGCCAACAUAUUUUUCCUUCUUGUUGCUCUCUUUCAGCAAAUACCAGGUGUAUCCCCGACCGGUCGAUUCACGACCGUGGUCCCGUUAACCUUCAUCCUAUGCGUUUCAGCAGUAAAGGAAAUUAUCGAGGAUUAUGCACGCCAUUCGGCCGAUAAGGCUACGAAUAACUCUGAAACUUGUGGUAAAAUGUUAUUGAGGCUUUGCUCAACCCAUAUAGUUCUGCGAAACGAAACAUGGGAAGGAACACUUUGGAAGAAUGUUCAGGUCGGAGACCUUGUUAAAUUGACCAGCAACUCUCCUAUUCCAGCGGAUCUCGUUAUUAUCGCCACAAGUGAACCGAUGUCCAUAUGCUACAUUGAAACCUCAAAUCUGGACGGUGAGACUGCCCUUAAACUACGUCAGGGCAUACAAGCCACUUCUGGCCUACUAACUACCGAGGCUCUAAAGAAAGCGAGAAUGCGAAUUGAAUGUGAGCAACCCACAAGAUGCUUGGAAGAGUUCGUGGGUACUCUAUAUGAUGGAAACAAUACGGGUUAUCCAUUGGACGGUAACCAGAUGUUAUUGCGCGGUGCCACGGUGAAAAAUACGAAUUGGGUUUUUGGUGCCGUUGUUUACACAGGAAAAGAGACCAAGGUCAUGCUCAAUUCAACAGCUGCCCCAUUGAAGCGAUCUUCUGUCGACAAACAUACCAAUUACUAUAUUCUAGUGCUCUUCGGAUUGCUAACAUUUCUGACGAUUUUCAUGGUCAUCGCUAAUGUCAUAUGGACAAAAACAGUUGGUGAAAACAUGUGGUAUCUUAGUGGAGUCGAACUGUCCGUUAAAAGUGCUGGGUUCAUGUGCAUCACCGCAUUCAUCAUUUUUCACACCAUCAUUCCGAUCAGUCUCCAAGUAACUCUUGAAGUGGUGCGCUUUGUCCAAGCCCUCUUUAUCAAUUGGGAUUUGGACAUGUACGAUGCGAAAACGGAUACUCCUGCGAUGGCCAGAACGUCAAAUCUCAAUGAGGACUUAGGUCAGGUUAAGUACAUGUUCUCCGACAAAACGGGUACUCUCACAAAAAACGUGAUGGAAUUUAAAAUGUGUUCCAUUGGAAGAGAGGCUUAUGGAUUGGAAGAUCAGGAAACCUGUGCGUUACAAGAUUGGAGACUUCUUUCGAGACUCUCAGAUGGAGACCGUGAUGUGGAUUGGUUCUUUACCAUACUUGCGGUGUGUCAUACGGUCAUUCCGGAAUACGUUGACAUCGACAUUGAUCGUGACGACAUACGCUAUCAAGCGACGUCACCAGAUGAACGUGCCCUUGUGAUGGCUGCAAAGACAGUGGGCUACGUUUUCUGUGAACGUGAACCUGAUUCUGUCACAAUUCGAGUAAAAGGCGAAAACAUUCAGUUCAAACUUCUCCAGGUUAUCGAGUUCACAAGCGAACGGAAGCGGAUGAGCGUCGUUGUUGAGGAUACGGACGGGAAGCUAUUCCUCAUGAUCAAGGGCGCCGACACUGUUAUCUAUGAACGUUUGGCAAGUGAGGCUCUCUUCAGGAAGGAAACCCUGACUCACAUGGAUGAAUUCGCAAGCAUCGGCCUGCGAACUCUGUGCAUAGCUUUUCGUAGACUUGAUCGUGUCUUUUACGAGGAGUGGGCACUGAAGUACUACGAGGCAAGUAUUGCGGUCACCAACCGGAAUGCACUGUUGGACGAGGUUUGCGAGUUGAUUGAGCAGGACUUGGAAUUAGUAGGCGCCACGGCUAUCGAGGAUAAGUUGCAGGACGAAGUACCUCAGACCAUUGCCAACAUGUUGGCCGCAGGAAUUUCUAUCUGGGUGCUUACGGGUGACAAGCAGGAGACGGCUGUUAACAUUGGCACGUCUGCUGUUGUUGUAACUUUUUCAUUUGAGUCAAGUUGCCUACAAGUACUAGUGGCACGUCUUUCCUGUCGUCUCAUAAACCCGGAACAGGUACAACUAAUCAUCGAUGGCAACAAUUUGGAUACAGUUCGGGACCAACUCUUUGAAUGUAGUAACGAGUUGAAAAAGGAGCUCAGCGAGGGUCGCGAGGUUGCUCUUAUUGUCACAGGCAAGGCCCUGGAAUUACUUCUCACAACACAAUGCCAAAGGGAGUUUUUUGAAAUUGCGCACAAGAGCUCAUCAGUUAUCUGCUGUCGAGUUAGUCCGUGGCAGAAGGCAGAAGUGGUUCGACUGGCCCGCACCUUCACAAAUGACAUCACGCUAGCGAUUGGCGAUGGAGCGAACGAUGUGGGUAUGAUUCAGGCCGCGCACAUUGGAGUGGGUAUCUACGGCGUGGAAGGUCGCCAAGCAGCUUGCUCAUCGGACUAUGCCAUUGCGCAAUUUCGCUUUCUAAACAAACUUCUUCUGGUUCAUGGGGCUUGGAGUUUUAAUCGCAUCACCAAAGUGAUCCUUUACUCCUUCUACAAGAACAUCUGCCUUUACGUUAUUCAAUUCUGGUUUGGCAUGGUGUCCGGCUUCUCGGGGCAGAUAAUCUUCGAUAGGUGGAGCAUGGCCCUCUACAAUGUGGCCUUUAGCGCUGCACCUCCGCUGGCUCUUGGGUUGUUUGAGCGAAAUAUGAGUGCUAAAAAUUGUCUAAAGCUCCCCGUCUUAUACAAGGAGACACAAAGAACUACCACUUUCGACAAAGUGACCUUCCUUACGUGGCUUGUGAACGGGGUCUUCCAUUCAGCCAUCCUCUUUUGGAUUCCCCUUUUUGCUUUCCAUUCUGAUGUCGCCGAUCCAAAUGGGCACAUAGGGAGUCGUCUUGUCGUAGGUAACACUGUGUAUACGUGCGUGGUGGUGACAGUUUGUCUGAAAGCAGGCCUCGAGCAUACAGCAUGGACAGUCUUCUCUCACCUUGCCAUUUGGGGCACCAUUGCGUUGUGGUUCCUAUUCCUCAUCGUCUAUUCCCAUCUCUACCCUACUUUCCCGAUUGGCCCUGAGAUGGUUGGAAUGGAUGUGAUGUGUUUCAGCAGCCCAAUAUUUUGGUUGCUUCUUAUUGUCGUUCCCGUAAUCGCACUGACCCGGGAUUUCGUUUGGAAAGUACUUCGAAGAACCUACUCUCUAACAAUGCGGGAACAGGUCAUGCUCUGCGAACAGGUUGGUGUCGAGCCGGAGUCAUUUAUGCAGAUGCUUAAACCACAUAGGGCCCGAGGUCUGCGGCUAUUCCGGCACCAGCCCUUCUUUCCCGUCACCACAGAUAGACCAAGUCUUCUUAGCCAACCCGGAGAUCACGGCUAUGCAUUCAGUCAGAUAGAGCGUGGCCAACUGACCCAAACAGACAUUCUCCGGGCAUGUCAUUCGACAGAGACCAAGCCGGCUGGCAUUUAA